CGGUGAGUUCCCCGGUGCUAAGCCGGGAGAUUAGAUCCCCUGAGACCUGCGAGGUACUGGCCUGGAUGUGGUGGAGCUGGGACCUCCUGGCUGCUAGUAUGUGAGCCUGGCUUUGAAAAUUGGUUACUGAGUUUCCUCUCGAGAUCUCAAGAUAUCAAAGUUACUGCUGCUAAAAAGGUGAGGAAUACUGUACCUAUCAUUCAACAAGUUUCAGCUUUCUGGCUAAAUGACUUUUGUGCCAGUGAUACCAGAGUCCUACAGCCAUGUUCUCGCAGAGUUUGAGUCUCUGGAUCCGUUACUCUCAGCCCUGCGGCUGGACUCCAGUCGUCUAAAGUGCACGAGCAUAGCCGUGUCACGGAAAUGGUUGGCUUUGGGCAGUUCCGGAGGAGGACUCCAUCUCGUUCAGAAAGAAGGCUGGAAGCAUAGGCUUUUUCUUUCACACAGGGAAGGUGCAAUUUCUCAAAUUGCCUGUUGUUUACAUGAUGAUGAUUAUGUUGCUGUAGCUACCAGUCAAGGUCUUGUAGUUGUUUGGGAAUUAAAUCAAGAGCGUCGUGGGAAACCAGAACAAAUUUAUGUGUCUUCAGAACACAAAGGCCGAAAAGUCACAGCGCUCUGUUGGGAUACAGCUAUUCUUAGAGUUUUUGUAGGUGAUCAUGCUGGGAAGGUUUCUGCCAUCAAACUCAAUACUUCUAAACAAGGAAAGGCAGCUGCUGCUUUUGUGAUGUUUCCUGUUCAGACAAUAACAACAGUUGACUCCUGUGUUGUACAGUUAGAUUAUUUGGAUGGAAGGCUACUUAUAUCUUCACUUACUCGAUCCUUCUUGUGUGACACCGAAAGAGAAAAGUUUUGGAAAAUCGGAAACAAGGAAAGAGAUGGGGAAUAUGGAGCUUGCUUCUUUCCUGGAAGAUGUUCUGGGGGCCAGCAACCUCUCAUAUAUUGUGCUCGCCCAGGAUCUAGGAUGUGGGAAGUGAACUUUGAUGGAGAAGUUUUAAGUACACAUCAGUUCAAGAAACUUCUCUCAUUGCCGCCUCUCCCUGUGAUUACUGUAAGAUCAGAACCUCAGUAUGAUCAUACAGUUGGAGCCUCUCAAUCUUUGUCUUUCCCUAAACUCUUACAUCUUAGUGAGCAUUGUGUGCUGACUUGGACAGUAAGAGGAAUUUAUAUUUUCAUUCCUCAGAAUGUUCAAGUACUUCUUUGGAGUGAAGUCAAAGAUAUUCAGGAUGUGGCUGUCUGCAAGAAUGAAUUGUUCUGUUUGCACCUAAAUGGGAAAGUCUCACAUCUCUCCCUGAUAUCUGUGGAGCGCUGUGUGGAACGCCUGCUAAGAAGAGGCCUAUGGAACCUGGCUGCUUGCACAUGCUGUCUUUUCCAAAAUUCUGUCAUUGCCAGCAGAGCAAGAAAAACUUUGACUGUAGAUAAAUUGGAGCAUUUGAAAUCUCAGCUGGACCAUGCCACCUACAGUGAUCUAAUUUCUCAACUGGAGGAAUUGAUCUUAAAAUUGGAACCUUUGGAUUCAGCUUGUAGCAGUAGAAGAAGCUCCAUUUCAUCACAUGAAAGUUUCAGCAUCUUGGACUCUGGUAUUUAUCGUGUCAUUAGUAGUAGAAGAGGCAGUCAGUCAGAUGAAGACUCUUGCUCUCUUCACAGCCAAACCCUCUCAGAAGAUGAGAGAUUUAAAGAAUUCAUCUCACAGCAAGAAGAGGACCUGCCAGAUCCGUGCUGUGGCUCACAUGCAAAUGAAGACAAUGUUUCUCACGCUCCAGUGAUGUUUGAGACAGAUAAGAAUGAAACUUUUCUUCCCUUCGGUAUUCCAUUACCAUUUCGUUCCCCAUCUCCUCUUGUGUCUCUUCAGGCUGUCAAAGAAAGUGUUUCUAGCUUUGUGCGCAAAACUACUGAGAAGAUUGGCACCCUUCACACAAGUCCUGAUUUGAAAGUGAGACCAGAGCUCAGGGGCGAUGAGCAAUCAUGUGAAGAGGCUGUGAGUUCAGAUAUCUACCCAAAGGAGGAAGACAUUGAGGAGGAUAAAGAGGUAACUAGUCUACCUCCGGAAGAAGACAGGUUCCAGGAGCUUAAAGUAGCAACAACACAAGCAAUGACCAAGCUACAGGAUCCUCUGGUUUUAUUUGAACCUGAGUCUCUGAGAAUGGUUUUACAGGAGUGGCUUUCACAUUUAGAAGAAGCAUUUGCCAUGAAGGACUUUUCAGCCGUUUCAGAUACUGACAACUCAUCCACGAAAUCGAACCAGGAUGUACUAUUGGUUAAUGAAUCAAAAAAGGGAAUAUUAGAUGAAGACAAUGAAAAAGAAAAAAGGGACUCUUUAGGCAAUGAAGAAACGGUUGAUAAAACAGUAUGUGAAUGUGUAAGGAGUCCAAGGGAGCCUUUGGAUGACCUGUUUCAAAUAUGUUCUCCAUGCACCAUUCCAAGUGGUCUUCAGAAUGACCUGGCUGAAUUGACAACAUUGUGUUUGGAGUUGAAUGUAUUGAAUUCUAAGAUCAAAAUCACCAGUGGACAUGUGGACCACACUUUGCAACAGUACUCUUCUGAGAUUCUGGCUUGCCAGUUCCUGAAGAAAUACUUUUUUCUACUGGACUUGAAAAGAGUGAAGGAGAGUAUCAAGCUUAGUUACACUAAUAGCCCUUCUGUUUGGGAUACUUUUAUUGAAGGAUUGAAAGAAAUGGCAAGUUCCAAUCCUGUGUAUAUGGAGAUGGAAGAAGGAGAUCUCCCAACAAGACUAAAGUUGCUAGAUGCUGCAGUUCCUUUUGACAGUCCUGUGUUGAUUGCUUAUGCUACUAGGUUAUAUGAGAAGUUUGGGGAAUCUGCCCUUCGAUCCUUAAUCAAGUUCUAUCCAUCCAUUUUGCCAUCGGAUAUCAUGCAACUUUGUCAUCGUCACCCUGCUGAGUUUUUGGCCUAUUUAGACAGUCUGGUGAAAUCAAGGCCCGAAGAUCAGCGGUCAUGUUUUCUUGAGUCCCUUCUGCAACCAGAGUCUUUAAGGUUGGAUUGGCUGCUUUUGGCAGUGUCCUUUGAUGCUCCACCGAUCACCAGCAUAAUGGAUGAUGAAGGUUAUCCCAGGCCUCAUUCACACUUGCUUUCCUGGGGUUACAGUCAGCUGAUCCUUCAUCUAAUUAAACUUCCUGCGGAGUUUAUAACCAAAGAGAAAAUGAUUGACAUCUGCAGGUCUUGUGGUUUCUGGCCUGGAUAUCUAACUCUCUGUUUGGAGCUGGAGAGAAGAAGAGAGGCUUUCACCAAUAUUGUGUAUCUGAAUGAUAUGAGCCUGAUGGAAGGGGACAAUGGUUGGAUCCCAGAGACUAUGGAGGAAUGGAAGCUUCUCCUUCAUCUCAUACAGAGCAAGAGCAUGAGGCCAGGCCUGCAGGAGUCACUAAAUAGGAGCCUCAGUGAUGGGCCUUCCCCCAUCAAUGUGGAGAACGUGGCACUUCUGUUAGCUAAGUCCAUGGGCCCAGAUCGGGCUUGGUCACUGCUACAGGAAUGUGGUCUGGCCCUUGAGUUGUCAGAGAAGUUUACCAGAACCUGUGAUAUCCUGAGGAUUGCUGAGAAAAGGCAGAGUUUCAGAGCCGAAGUUUGUCUCUCCUCCUGGGUCCUCCGUUCCUUGCAUACGUUCUGCACUUUGCCCUUUCUGCAUAUGUUCCUGCUCAACCCUGGCGUGGCUUUUCACCUGUUGCCUACCUGUAAGAUGUUGCUCAUCGUCUGCAGAAGUCUGACCUGCAGACCCUGACUCAACGACAGAUGAAUGAAUGCGCUCUCACACCAUUACUGCAAGUGGGCUAGGGAUGGCCAUUGACUGCUUUCAGAGGGUGAAAUGCAACCAAUCAACCCAGACCCUCUAUCUGUCCACACAUUUAUUCCCCCAAGAUUUUACAACAGAGGUUCUAAGUUAACACAUUUGUGGAUAAUUAAUAUGGUUAAAAGAGUAGUUAUAGGACUGAUAAAAGCUUUAGGUUCAGGGGCCCAGAGUAAAUGCUAUUAACAGGUAAUUCCCCUUUGAUCUUCCCCAGAGAGACAUCCAGCACAAAGUUAACAUGAGUAAACAGAGUAGAGAUGAAUGGGUGUGGGGUAAGCCUUUUGAUGGGUCUCUAUCUCUUUCUAACUUAAUGGACUGGCUGGCUGCCUUAGGCCUGCGGCAAUAAAACCUUUCAGCUUUCCAAAAGGUUUGAGACUAUAUAACUUUCCCUAUUUUCCAUAAUAUUUUGCUUCCACCCUGAGUGAACAGCAACAUUUCCUCCCUUGUUUUCAACAAUAUCAGGCUUUGCUAUCUGCCAGCCACUGAUUGGUUCAGCUGUGGGUCUGUCAGGUGAUGUGGUCAUUGCUUUUAUUCCAGCUUUGCAGCCUAGGAUUAAUCAAUAACAAGACAAUUAUGACUACAAUUAGCAACAGUUUCCAGCUAAAGAGUGACUUCCAGGAAUGGGGGGGGGUCUAACCAGGAGAGAGGAUCUUGCACACCUUUCCAUAUUUUUGACCAGAUUAUCCACAAAAGCAGCUGUUUUAUGGCUGAGAGUAUAAAAGCUAGAAGUGUAACUAUGAAUCUUUUAUAUUUGACCUGUAGUAUUACUUGGCAUUUCGGUUUACCGUAUGACAUUAAUGAGAAACUUUACUGGGGGUAUGUUAAUCUUUUUUAGUUAAGCAGUUGCCUUGUUAGAAGCUGUGAAGGGGGUGUUAGUUUGUUACAAACAGAAAAAUUGUGGAUUAGAAGAUGAGCUUGAUAGAGUGUAGCAAGUACAGGUUGCUGGCAAGGUGAAAGAAUAAAAAACAAAUCCUAAGCAGGAUUCGGUUAGUUUUUUGCGUUGUCCUCUUCAGCAUUCCUCAGGUGAAGUUUGGGGCUUCUGUGGUCUAACUAAGAAAGCUGCAUCGUCCCGCAGGGUUUCUCUCAGGCUGGCUUGAGUUUUUUCUUCUUUCCAUCCUUUAAUGAGGAUGCAGUCUUUUGGCUGGUGCUGGUGUGCUGGAAAUUCUAGUAGUUUUGCCUGUGCUAAGAGACUUAAUAAUUUUUGUAAAAGAACAGGUUAGUGCUUUAAGAAAAAUGUUGCCAGUACAGAAAAACUGGAUAUUUCUUUAACUUUUAACCAGUAUGUUUACACACAGAAUUCCUUUUACAAUUAAUGUUUUAAAACUUGCUUAGACCUUUAAAACAAAAUUUAUAUAACCUACUUGCAUAAAUUCCCUUCUAUAACAUUUUUCACAACUUUCACUGACAACCUGGACAUGCCUUAACAUCUUGUGACUGUUUUACAACCUGCCUUACCUCUUUCUUUUUCUCUCUCUCUUACUGAUUCUUUCUAUUUCUCUUUUUGAUUUUUCUGUUUCUGUCUGUGUUGGUUAAGCAGUGAUGUUAUCACUUGUAAGUCUGCUUGUUUAUUGCCAUAAACUAAUAGGCCAGGCAGUGAGCUGUGGGCUCAAAAUUAGACUUAAAGCUGCUUUAAGAUUUUGUAAUAGAUAAGCUGAGUAAGCCAAGUUACUUACUGUAUUUAUAAGCUGAGCAGAGAAAGUUUCUAAUGCUAGUAUCACGGCUUUAAUUUCAGUUCUUUAACUGCUAGCAAACUUAGAUUGGGUGAUUGAAUUAUGUGGUUUUUACCAGACUUUAGUUUUUCUUUGUUUACUUACCUAUUCAGCAAACAGUGUUAAAGCAUUAGGUACAGAGAAGGGCAAUACUGCUUUAAAUUGUUUUUUCCUUAAAGGAAUCUUGAUGAUAUUAGGAUUAACUUAACAAUUGACUGCAGUAAUCGUUCAAAUGGCAAGCUGAAAUUGGUAACAUGAAGUUUAAAAGGAAACUUGAAAAUAUCUCUAGAAGCAAAGACUCAAAGAAUAUACUUUAACCAUGUGCUUAAAAUUAUAGGCAGAAUAGCUUAAACCUUGCUGUUGAGUUUUAAGGCUGACCAAGUUUAUGGACUUUAAACUAGCAAACUGUUCUGAAAACAAUGAUUUCCUAGUUGAGCAAAGACUAUCUCUAAUCCAUCUUUCGUGCAUAUGUUUUCACCACACUCAGAUACAAACUUCUUUUACCUUUUGAGAAAUGGGUACAACAUUUUUACUUCUUAAUUCAAUAAUUAUUAUUUAACUUGGCUUAAAGGAUAAUGUGUAGUUUUACAUGCUUAGUUUUUAAUUGCUCUUUAACUUAUUUGUGGGCCUUUUUAAAAUAGCUGAUUGAAAUUUAUCAUCUAAAUUUACAAAAUUAAGGGUAAAUAAGGCUUGUGCUAAUGGUGCUGCCUUUAAGAUAGAAAACAGGUUUUGCAACUUAUCAAUCAGAAAAUUCUUUUCCAUUGAGGAGCAAGGCUAUAUGGCUGGCUUUUAAUUGCUUCUGUAAUUCAUGGGCUAGCUGUAAUUUCUCUCCAUUCAGAGAUUACUGCUUUACUUAAUUUGAAUUUUAAAAGAGCUACAUUAAGAGUAAGGUUGGAAUAACAACAGUGGCUAAUGUUAGCAAAAGGUUUUAAAAUCCUUAAAUUUUACUUACAUCUUAGCAGAGAAUUACAGUUUGGGAUGUUGCUCAUAUACAAAGAACACUGUGGGACAUCUGUGUGACCCCGCCCUGCUGCUGCUUGCUGCAUGCUGCUUUCGGCUUGCUCUGCUCCCUCCUCCUGCCCCGGCUGCGGCUGCCAGCCUGGGCGGAGCUUCCCUGCAGCAGAACCUUUUCUCCCUUUUUUUCCUUUCACUUGGCUUCGUGUCUUUAGCCUGAAAUGCCUUUUUCUUAUCUUUCCAUAUACAUACACCUGAUUGCCUUGCCAUUAUCAAUUACUGGGCAGGCUAAGAGUUUCUUUUGUAAUGCUGCUUGCUUAAAACAAUUUCCUAUAGCUGUAGCAUUUCCUUUGACCCUUUUCCUAUUUAUUAGAUGCCUCUGUGCAUAAUUCCUCCCGUGUUCCCAGAGCUUUACGUCCAGCGUGGAUCCCUUUACAGAGAUCCAUGGUCCUUGGGAAACAGCAGUUUGAAUUAAGUUUCUUAGUGGAGCUUGAUCCUGUUUCUCUUGCACUGAUAACUGCUGUCCCAUGCUGAAGCCCUAACCUGAAACAAUGCCUCCCCGAGCCUGGCAACUCCCAGUGGCUACCAAUGACUUUCUUCUACUUUACCUGACCUGACUGCAUGGCCCUCUUUACUCUCUGGUCUCGGGAGGUCUGCUGUUUCUUCUUUCCUUCUUCACGGUGAUAAGUCACCACCUGAGACGUUGCUCACCAUCUGUGGAAGUCUGACCUGCAGACCCUGACUCAACGAUGGAUGAAUGAAUGCACUCUCACACCAUGACAGUGUUUGAAGUGGGCUAGGGAUGGCCAUUGGCUGCUUUCAGAGGGUGAAAUGCAACCAAUCAACCCAGAUCCUCUGUCCACACAUUUAUUCCCCCAAGAUUUUACAACAGAGGUUCUAAGUUAACAUAUUUGUAGAUGAUUAUUGUGGUUAGACGAGUGUUAUACGGCUGACAAAAGCUUUAGGUUCAGGGGCCAGAGUAAAUGUUAUUAACAGGUAAUUUCCCUUUGAUCUUCCCCAUCCAGCACAAAGUUAACAUAAGUGGAAAUGAAUGGGUGUGGGGUAAGCCCUUUGAUGGGUCUCUAUCUCUUUCUAACUUAAUGGACUGGCCGGCUGCCUUCGGUCUGCCCCAAUAAAACCUUUCGGCCUCCCAAAAGGUUUGAGACUAUAAUCUAUAACUUUCCCUAAAUAUUUUCUGUAAUAUUUUGUCGCCACCCCGAGUGAAUAGCAACACACGAUUUCGCCAGAAUUCUGUCCCCCUCACAUGGAUGUGAGGCCUGUGUAAUUAGAACCCUGAGCUUAUGCAGGCCCCACACUUGGUUUAAUGUUCUGCUUUCACUGUUUUGAAAUUCUUAAUAAUUGAUGGACAAAGUUCCCCACAUUUUUUUUUCCUGUUCUGGCUUCUCAACAAGUCCCCCUAUUUUUAUUUUGCAGUGGUUCCUACAAAUUGGGUAGGUGCUACUGACUGCCACAGUAGAUCUAGGGUAUAGCCCAAGAUUUUGCAUUUCUGACAAGAUGCCAGGUGAUGCUGAUGCCUCUGGUCCGUGGGUCACACUUUGAGUAGCAAAGCUCAGUCUAAAGCGUGUUAGACCUAACAACUUGGAAGGAACCUGAAAGACAGUAUGGAGCCGACGUCCCGACAGCUGAAAUACUACUCAUCACAAACUGUUAAGUGAGACAUAAAUUUGGAUUUUUUUUUAACAUUCUGUAUUUUGGAGUAUCUUUGUUAAAGCAAGUUAGCCUUACCCUAACUAAAGGAAGUGAAGGAGAGCAGGUCGCACAGCUGUUCCGUCCUUUUCUAAUUUUGGAAAAAAUAUUGGAAAAAGCCUACAAGGCCUUUUUUGAGUGGUCAAAUCCAAGCUCAUGCUCUCUGGUUCGCUUCCUCUGGUGCUGGGGUGUGGGGGUGCUGACCGGAAUGGCCCUCCCGAUUUGAAGGGUUGGAGACUGACUUUGGAAGAAGACCUGUUUGACUUCUAGCCCAGACCAUGCAGUGCAGCCCAACUUACCAGAGUUCUGUCUUGAAGUUUGGGACCAAACCCCAACCAACAAUCGAGUACUGGUCAUUGUCCUCAGAACUGUCUCCACUGGGGACCCUGUGGGUUUGAUUGGGCAUAAGAUUCAUAUAGUCCUUGUAUUCCCUAACCAUCAAGGCCUUCAUAUUACCCUCAUUUUACCCCAACCUCUAACAAAGUACCUUUGUUGUAAAAAACCAAAAACGAGUUAUUUUAAACAAAAGAUGUAGUGUGUUACAAUCUUGCUGCUAGGAAUGACACCAUGUCCCUAAACCUAUUACUGCCCCAUAGCAUCCCUAAAUUCCUUCAGUGUCUUAUGGAGCACUGUGCUCCAGAUCAUGAUUCCCCCAGGAGUGGCAUCUGUGUGGGACUGCAAGGGUUAUGGUGGAUUUCCUUAGUCCAUGUGGUUUACAUUUCUCUGUCUCUCCCAGCUGCCCUGCCCCCCUCCCCAUCUUGGCUACCCUACCCAGUAUAGUUUCUUCUUGUCUCUUUUAUUCUCAGUCUAAGAUCCAAUCCAUUCCUUUGUUCCCAAGUGAACUUGCUGUGUCCAGACUUAACUUUCAAAAAGCAAAGCUUUGCAUUGUGUAUCAGAUGCGGCCUAUCAACUGCUUCAGACCUUCUGGCCCCCUCGUCUUUCUCCAGCCGUUGCUACAGUGAUGAGUUCCCCCACAGGCUUUGAUUUGUUUCAUGUAGGUACAACCUGGCAGCAUCUUGCUUUGGGUCUGCCCCGUGGACCUUCUGUUUCCUACUCCAGGUAGAUCCACUGGACACUCACAUGUGCCUAGACAAGAAAUGCAGAAAAGUGGGGCCACCCUUGACCAAAGGGAGACGGAAGCCAGUUGCUAGGUGCUUUUCUUUUUGGACUCCUGAUGGAGAGCACUGAGACACUUUUUACGAUGUUCCUCUGAAGGUCCCAGUGGCAUCAGUUAUGUGACUCUUAUGCAUGGCCAGCUCUAUAACGUGUCCCUGUAUUGGCCUUGCUCCUCACUGUUUUAUCUGCUGUCUCACUCCUGCUCCCCAGGUUUAUUCGCUGAAUAAAAUACCUGCA